AAUUUUAUUUAUGGUAAAGAAGUUGGUGGCAUCGAUAUAAGAAAGGCAAGUUUGGUCGGAAUAAGAUUCAAAACGCUGUUUUUUUGCAGUUUCUUCGAUUCUCUCUUUCUCUUUCUUCAGAAAAAUUAAACCCAUUCAAAGAAAGAAAGAAAGAGCGAUCAUUUCCAAUCACAAUGGCAGAUCAACUCACCGAUGAACAGAUCUCGGAGUUCAAGGAAGCCUUCAGUUUGUUCGAUAAGGAUGGCGAUGGUUGCAUCACAACAAAGGAGCUUGGGACUGUUAUGCGUUCGUUGGGUCAGAAUCCAACAGAGGCUGAGCUCCAAGACAUGAUCAAUGAAGUAGAUGCUGAUGGGAAUGGCACCAUUGACUUCCCUGAGUUCUUGAACCUCAUGGCUAGAAAGAUGAAGGACACUGAUUCUGAGGAGGAGCUGAAAGAGGCGUUCCGAGUGUUUGACAAGGACCAGAAUGGGUUCAUUUCUGCUGCUGAGCUCCGCCAUGUGAUGACCAACCUUGGGGAGAAGCUCACUGAUGAAGAGGUUGAUGAGAUGAUUCGAGAGGCUGAUGUCGAUGGCGACGGCCAAAUAAACUACGAGGAGUUUGUUAAGGUCAUGAUGGCCAAGUGAUGGUAGUACACCAUCUCCACUAAAUUCUGAACUGAUGGAAAAAAAUGACAAGGUUGAACUUGUGAUAUAGUACACCUAGUCCUUGCCUAAUGUCAUUACUGUCUUAUUUCUAGAUUUUUAUUUGAUGUUUUUGAAUUCAAUCUAAACGACAUUUAGUGGAAAGCUCUGCUGCUAAUAGUAAUUGUGGUGGAAUGGUGUCUUUCUAGUUUCUGUUGUGACUUGUGUCUCAAGUGCUUGAUGUUUAUUCAACUCAGCUUUCUUCUGCUCCUAA